CCGCAGCCCUCACUACUCAUCACCAGUACGAUUUUCCCAGGCUCUCUGAAAACCUCAAGCGUAACCCAAAACCCAACAAUGGCCGCCGCCGCACCGCCACCACCACCAAGCCCAGCCCCAGAGGCACCCAACGACGUGCCCCAAGGCUCGACCCCAAGGGGCCACCCACUCUUCGCCAGAAUCCGCUUAGCCCACCCCACCGACGUCCCCCACAUCCACAAGCUCAUCCACCAGAUGGCCGUCUUCGAACGCCUCUCCGACCAGUGCAUCGCCACCGAGGCCUCUCUUUCCUCGACCCUCUUCACCUCCCCACCCUUCCAGUCCUUCACCAUCUUCGUCCUCGAAGUCUCUCACACGCCUUUCGUCGAACACCUUCAGUACAACAACCCAGCCUACCCGCCCAUCACCAAAGUCGUCAAUCUGGACCUUCCGAUUAACGACCCAGACCGCGAUUUGUUCAGAUCCAACGGUGGGGUUCUUGGCGGCGAUGCCUGCGUUGCUGGGUUCGUGUUGUUUUUUCCAAACUACUCGACUUUUCUGGCGAAGCCUGGGUUUUACAUAGAGGACCUGUUUGUGAGGGAGUGCUACAGGAGGAAAGGGCUUGGGAAGAUGCUCCUUUCAGCUGUGGCUAAGCAGGCUGUGAAGAUGGGGUAUGGGAGAGUGGAGUGGGUUGUGCUUGACUGGAACGUGAAUGCUAUCAGGUUUUAUGAGGAAAUGGGUGCCAAGAUCUUGCAGGAGUGGAGGAUUUGCAGGCUCACUGGUGAUGCUCUUAAUGCUUAUGUUAAUGCCCAGCUCUAGCUCUAGCUUAGGUAAUUUCCAUACCUUUUUCGUUGGAUUUAGAAUUCAGGAAAUGAAAUGAAAUGGAAGAAAAUGUUGAAGGCUAGCCCCGCCUUAGAUUGUUCCUUCUUGUGUAUUUUCUUUUUUCUUCUUGUCUGUUUGUUUCUGGGUUGAGAUGGAAAUGUGUGUGUGGGCUAGGAAGAUUAUGACUGAGGAGGCAGUCUUGUAGAACCUUUGUUGUUUCUCCUAGCAAUGUCACAGCUACACCUUUUGCAUCUCUGAAAUCUUCUGCUGUAUGCCAUUGUUGUUUGAUUU